AGGACAAAGGAAAGAAAAAAGAAAAAAGGAAAAUAAAAACAAGGGAGCAAGAGCACAGGUGCCGUUUUGUGCAGAAAGGGCUUUUGAAGUUUGCCGCCCUCUCCCCCCCAACCCCUCUCUCUCUCUCUGUAUGUACUGGGGCCUUUUUCUUUGUGUUGGCAUCUUUGAAGGCCAACGGACAAUUGUUUGGAUUCAGUUCCAUUUCAUCAUUCGAUGGCCUCAGAUAUUGCUCCUGAAAUGGUUGUCGACGACGAUGAAUUCGACUGGGAAGCAGCUGUUAGAGAGAUCGAUGUCGCUUGCGAGAAGACCAAACCCUCCACUUCACUCCCAAUUGAACAUCCACAUCAAGUGUUUACAAAGAACAAGACCCAGAAGAAACAUGGGUCUUCUCGGCAGUCCACUCUCGAUCAUUUAAUCGGCAAAGCGGUCCCAAAACCCCGAGUUGAGAAGUGGGAUGUGAGGGACAGAGACCAAGAGAGGAUUGAGAGUGAUGAAAUAGUCAGCUGCAUCAACAUUGAUGCCGAGGCGGCCAAAACAUGGAUAUAUCCAGUGAAUAUUCCUCUUCGGGACUAUCAGUUAUCAAUAACCAAGACGGCUCUGUUUUCGAAUACAUUGGUGGCAUUGCCAACAGGACUUGGGAAAACUCUUAUUGCUGCCGUUGUAAUGUAUAAUUACUUUAGAUGGUUUCCAGAAGGGAAAAUUGUUUUUGCCGCUCCUUCUCGACCGCUCGUAAUGCAACAAAUAGAAGCGUGCCAUAACAUUGUGGGAAUACCACAAGAAUGGGCAAUUGAUUUGACAGGUCAAACAAGUCCAGUGAGAAGAGCGUACUUUUGGAAAGCUAAACGAGUUUUCUUUGUUACUCCACAGGUGUUGGAGAAGGAUAUUCAAUCUGGUACAUGUUUGGUGAAACAACUAGUGUGCUUGGUGAUUGAUGAGGCUCACCGAGCAUCGGGAAAUUAUUCCUACUGUGUAGCAGUUCGUGAGUUGAUGGCUGUACCUGUGCAGCUCAGAAUAUUAGCUUUAACUGCAACUCCUGGAUCGAAGCAGCAGAUGAUACAGCAUGUUAUUGAUAACUUACAAAUAUCGACACUUGAAUAUCGAAAUGAAAGUGACCAUGAUGUGAGUCCAUAUGUGCAUGGCAAAAAGAUUGAAUUAAUUGAGGUCGCUAUGGGGCAAGAUGCUGAUGAAAUAAAUAAUCUGCUUUCGGAAGUAAUACGCCCAUUUGUUGCUAGGCUUUGUGCAAUCGGGGUGCUCCAAAAUAGAGACUUCCAGACUUUAAGUCCGUGUGAUUUACUUAAUUCAAGGGACAAAUUCCGUCAAGCACCGCCACUGGACCUGUCCCACAUGAAAUAUGGAGAAGUAGAAGGAUGUUUUGGAGUUCUUAUUACACUUUACCAUAUUCGGAAGUUACUUUCAAGCCAUGGAAUAAGGCCGGCAUUCGAGAUGCUUGAAGAAAAAUUGAAACAAGGGUCUUUUGCACGACUUAUGAGUAGAAAUGAAGUUAUCUGGAAAGCAAAGCUUUCAAUGCAGCAUAGCUUGUCUCAUGGUGCUCCUAGUCCGAAAUUGUCAAAAAUGUUGGAAGUACUGAUUGAUCAUUUCAAAACAAAAGAUCCACAAAACUCAAGGGUUAUCAUUUUCUCAAACUUUAGGGGAAGUGUCAGGGACAUAAUGGACGCAUUGGCAAAAAUUGGAGAGUUUGUUAAAGCAACCCAGUUUAUUGGCCAAAGUUCAGGAAAAACAUUAAAGGGGCAGUCACAAAAAGUCCAACAGGCUGUUUUGGAGAAAUUUCGAGCUGGUGGAUACAAUGUAAUUGUUGCAACAUCAAUUGGCGAAGAAGGUCUAGAUAUCAUGGAAGUUGAUCUUGUCAUAAGUUUUGAUGCUAAUAUCUCUCCUUUGAGAAUGAUCCAGCGCAUGGGCAGGACUGGAAGGAAGCAUGAUGGACGAGUUGUAGUUUUAGCUUGUGAAGGGUCAGAAUUGAAGGGGUACAUGAGAAAGCAAGCAAAUAGCAAGUCUAUUAAGAAACAUAUGCGAAAUGGGGGUAUGAAUAGCUUCAUUUUCCAUUCUAGUCCAAGGAUGGUUCCCCAUAUUUUCAAACCAGAAGUUCAAUUCCAUGAGAUGUCCAUUGAGCAAUUCAUUCCUCGUGGAAAGAAAGGAAAAGAAGAUCAUCCUGUCCAGACACCUGAGUUCAAAGCCAAACUAACUGACUCUGAGACUCAAUUAAUUGCAAAGUAUUUCCACCCUACCAUAGGGAAUACAUGGAGACCCUCUCUUAUUGCAUUUCCUCAUUUUCAAGCAUUUCCCUCCAGAGUGCACAAUGUAAUGCAUUCAUUCAGAACGGGGAUGCUUAUUGAUAUAAUGCAACGAUUGGAAGGAUUCUCAUUCUCUAGUGACAGCAAAGCUUCCUUUGUUGAGGAUGAGGCCUCUUCAGAUCUAUGCUUGAGAGUUGAACCCGUUGAGCCGCAUCACAACACUACGAGAGAUUUACAGAAUUGUAACAAUUCCCAGGAAGAAGAGCAUUCACUAAGAGUAGCAUCAGAUUCUGAUGUACCUAUGGAGUGCACAAGAACUCAGGAGAAGCAUUGUAUGCCAAGUUUUCAAGAUCAAAAUCCUGCCACCCACUCCUACCUGUUUGGAUCAGAUUUUGUGUCUGUUGAUGCUCUUGGAAGAGUACUGGUUGUAUCUGUACCCCUUCUUCCUUUGAAAGAAGAUUCAGAUUCUAACUGUACAACUGCAAGCAGUACAGCGUUGUUAAACUAUUUGAAGGAAAAUUCUUUUCAUUUAAAGGCUUCACCGGGAAAUUGCAAAGAAAAUACUAUGCAAGUAAAAGCUGUUUGUGACCCAAUAGCUUCCACUCAUACAAUUUGCAUGGAGUUUGAAAAUCUGCCAACAUCUAGAUUUUGCAACCCUGGUUCCCAGCUAGAGAAAUUACUGGAUGUGACUGAGGGAAUUCUUGUGACUCCAAUUUCUAAAGGAAAUAUAUCAAAUGAAGGAGAUAGCACUGGCGAGACACCUAAUGUUACAGUAAACAAAACCCCCAUGCUAUUAGCUGAUGAGUCCGACAUUGAUUUUGGAGAACUUGAGCUAAGUCCUCGGCUAACUAGUUUUAUCAAGAGUGGUGUUGUUCCAGAGUCUCCUGUACAUGAAGCUGGGAUAUCCAAAAAUAAGGGGAGAAGUGUGUUCAUGGUUGAAGACCUUGUUUCACCCCCCAAAUUAGAUUCUGAACUGUUAUUGAAGUCUCCAAUGCCCAUUCAGAAUGCAAAGCCAGUUACGGACAGUAGUGCUAGUGGAAAAGACAUUCCAGUUUCUUCUGUUAUUAAUGAAAUUCAAAUUCCUUUAAUCAAUGUGAAAAAUAGUUCCCCAAGAGGAUGCAUCCCUGCUUUUCCAGUUGAAGAAAUCAGAACACCUUCAGCAAAUUUGGCAAACAAUAGCUGUAGCAAAGAUUGGGGUUUGAGUUAUGGAAACAAGUCAGGAAGUGUUCAACAGGAACCCAAGUUUAAAAGAUUGCGCAAGUUUGCAGAUCUUGGCAAAAGGACGCCUCCAGAAGGCAAGGAAGAAAAUAUUGUCCCUGCAGCAAACCUAGCCACAUCUUGUGCAAGUACUAGUCCUGGCCUGCUUAGGCGCCGAGGUAAGAAGAAUCUUAUAAAGGAUGCCAGAGCCUUUAUUGAAGAGGAAGCUGAGGUAUCUUCUGAAGUUGCAGUUUCUGAUGAUGAGGAAUAUGAGCAGGACACUAGUUCAUUUGAUGAUAGUUUCAUAGAUGACAGGAUAUAUCCUACGGAAGCAAGCACUCAGGCUGACGCUAGUAGAAGUGGCAUGAUGGCGAUUUACAGGCGAUCUUUACUGAGUCAAUCACCAAUAGGGAUACUGCCAAGCUGUUUCAUGGAUAUUAGUCCCGACACUAUGGCUCCCAAGACCCGGCUAAGUGAAAGUGGUAGCUCAUUGGGGACUACAAAUCAUUCCCUGAGAACACCUGAAACCGGCUUGGAGUCUGCUUCAGCAUCCAUUAAAUUUAAUGUGGAGAGGAUCUCCUCAGGAGCCAUGCCAUGCACAACCAAUGGUGCUCCGACAGAAAACGAGAAGAGGACGGAGAGCCGGAAAAGAAAAUUGAGUUUUUAUCAAGUUGGGUCUGUUCCUGCAAUCAACUUGGAGCAGGAAUUCUUGUCUCUUCCUGGAGCUGCAGGUAAAGAAUCAUCCGUGCAGGGUCAAGCAGAACAUAUCGAAGCAAAUGGGGAUGUGUUUGAUGAUGAUCAAUUUUAUGAAGGCAUUGAUCUUGAUGCAGUAGAGAAACAAGCUGCCUCACUACUUGGAUACAAAUCCGAGUUCUCAAUGCAGAAAAGAACGAUAAUUACUGAACCGUCACCGCAAAAUCUUGGUGUUCUGGGUUCUCCAACGUUUGAUCUUGGAAUCUGAUUAUUUAAGGUUCAUAAUUGUCCAGACUCCAGAGCACUGCCCAGCACAAGUGGCCAUUAAAAUGUGCUUCCUGCUGAUGUUCCUUCCAAUUCAUGGGUUGUGAUUUAUCCACUUUGCUGCCAUACACAAUUUUUUUCCCGGCUCAGAAUCAAUAGAAUGGGCUUUUUUGUGGGCAUGUACAGAUUGUAUUUAUCAUAUGGUGGACAGUGGAAAUUUAUGUGAAUAAAAUAAAUAUAUGUACAUUGUCAUCCAAUUCUGAUGUUGUAUAUGCUAGUGACUUGUGUUAUACAUUCGUUGAAUUUAAAUGUUAAAACAAGAGUUCUCUCAA